CUGUGCGUGCAGGUCCAGUUUAAUGGAAGAAUAGAUUGUUUUUGUGUUUUAAAUACUUCAAAUACGUUUCAGGCUGUGGAAGCUCGUGAGUCGACGGCUUGUUUAGCGUGGUUAGUAACGAUCAUCGGUGCUGCAGUUCAAGGUCGUGCAGCAUGUGUUGGCCGUGAUGAUCAUGAUUUAAUUGAUGGAGACAUGAUUUGUAGGGUGCUGAAAUUGAUGGAAUUGUCGGAUUCACGAUUGGCGACCGGUACAGCUAGAAAUCUACAACUAGAAACGGCAUUUUUAUACAUGCUGGAUCAGUUUCGCAGAAUAUAUGUCAGCGAUCAAAUUCAGAUAACUAGUAAAGUGUACGAGCGAAUGGAGAAGAAUCUCGGUGUGGGAGAUGAAGCAUCUGUUUUGAGCGUUUAUGUUCGUAAAAUGAUUACGAAUUUAAAGUACUGGGCAUCUGAAGAAAAGCUGAUUUCGGAUACUUUAACGCUUCUUAACGAACUCUCUCUCGGCUACUCAGCUGCGCGACGUCUCAUACGACUGCCAGAAAUACAGCUGCUACUAAAUCAUCAUACGGCAAGUCUUCGCAAUAAUCACUGUACAAUAAUUGUACACAAGCGUGCAAACAGUUUUCCGGUUAUUGCAGUUGCGGUCGUUUUUAGAAUAAGGAUGAAAGAUUUCUUUCUAAACAAAUUUACCUGUGCUUUGCAUUGA